AUGUCCCCAGCUCAAACCUGGAAGGCUAACUGCAAACAGUCCUCCCAAAUCGCCAGUUGCCUUAUCCAGGGAUCAGCUCCAGAUAUUGGUGAUCAGGAAAUAUUCUCCACCCCGAAUGUCAGACCCCAGUCUAAACGUCCGUUGUCAGCUGACAGCAGCAUAGAGGAGACUCUCUCAGAACCUAAGAAGCUGCGUUAUGAAGAUCUUACCAGCAUCACAGAAGACAAGGAGCUUUCCCACCUUGACUCUCUCAGCAAGGAUGUCAUCAGUGCGAAACUUGGCGCCGCUCUUGAUUUUGUCCGACUUCAACAUGAACGCAUUACCAAGUUAGAAUCGGAGCUGUUGAACGCCAAAAUUGCCUUUGCUAAUUCCGUCAUCGCCCAAUUCAAUUCUCAACAAACAACUUUUUCGAAUAGUCAAGCUCCUCCUACUCCGGGACUCACAACAAGGCCGUCCUAUGCCCAGGCAGCUAGAGUGCAGCAUGCCCCAGUCUUGGUUGCAAACUUUGCAAAAGGCUGUGCCCCAGCAGAUCGUGUCUCCCUGGAAAAGAUGGAGCAACUUCUUGACUCUCACGUUGGCGGACCCGUGCCGUCAUCCGUGCGGCAAAAAGACAGUACCGUUUUUGUCCGUCUGAACAACCCUGCUGACAUCGACCGUGCAAAAACCAUCCUGGAGUCCAAACAAAACUCAGAUCGUAACAGUAUGUUUUCGUCUAUUUCUCGGUCGCCUAAACUGUAUCCUGCUGUUGCUUUGUUUGUUGACCUCGAUCUGCUCCCUGGUCUAAAAAAUGAGCUGAUCUUAAGGAACGCGGCCUUCAAAGGCAAAAUUGACUCCGUCACUCAAAUUUUUAAAAAACCUGGGUCGAACAAAGGCCACGUAAAAAUCUUCUUUAACAACCGUGAGACCAGAGAUGUUGCCCUGUUGGCAGGUGAAGUUGACUUUUUUAACACAACCGCCCGUCUGGUGGAAGUGUUGCUGGACAGAGAGGUCCGGCGUUGUUUUAAUUGCCAAGGCUACGGCCACUCUCAGGCUUCUUGUCGCUCCACCUCCCCUCGCUGUGGUAAAUGUGCUGAGUCUCACCGCACCAGAGACUGUACGGGUAUCACGAAAAAGUGCGCAGCUUCUGCGUCUCUAGCAGAGGUUGUUUUAGAAAACAACCUGGACAUCAUUCUCAUUCAGGAACCCUACGCACGCAACUUCGAUUCCCCGACCCUCGUUGACAUUCCGCCAGGUUAUGUGGCGUUUCACUCCCUCGAUCGCGAACAUGCGUACGGUGCCGUAAUCUUGGUUCGUCUAUCUCUUGCUGUCUCUUGUCGUGCCGUUUCCCGCAGUUCCCUUAACCACGUGGCUGCCGUAGACCUUCAUUCUUGUGGUAAGACAUUCCGCUUUAUCUCCAUGUACGUUCGACCCUCAUGUCAUGAUUCGUCCAACGUUUUUCGCUCAGUUUUCCGCUCCCUACUUACCCCCCUAACUGUGAUCGGAGUUGACUCAAACGUAAAAAGCAGUCUGUGGAACAGCGUAACUACAGACAGGAAAGGGAUGGACCUUGAGGAGAUCCUCCUAGUGUUCAAACUCAAUGUCCUAAAUCGCAACCGCAGCAACGAAAUUCUCGUAGAGCAUUUGGCGGCAAUAUUUUUAGGUCUUUCUUGA